UUUAAGUUGAUGAUAUUUUUAUUUCUUGGAAUAUUUACUCAUUUACUUUUAUUAUAUUCAAUAUUUGAUAUUUAUUAUUCUUCACCAAUUGUUAAAGGAGGAAGAAACUUUAGAAUAAUUCCAAGCAAUUUAAAUAAUGUUUUAACACCCGCUGACAGAAUUGUUUUCUUUUCUGCAGAUGUGUCUCCUUAUAUUCACUCUCUCAUUGAUGGAUCCAAGGCAGUUUGGGGUAUUUCUGAAAGUCAUGUGCCAACAGAAUCUAGACCUGGACAUGUAGCUUUGUUUGCUGGAUUUUAUGAAGAUGUUAGUGCUGUUACGCGUGGUUGGAAACAUAAUCCAAUACCUUUCGAUUCAACUUUUAAUCAAUCAGAAUUUUCUUUUUUGUGGGGAAGUCCGGAUAUUAUUAAUUUAUUCGCAACAAAUAUUCCUCAUUCAUUUUCUGAAUUUUAUUCUCCAGAAUUGGAAGAUUUUGCAAGUGAAGAGGCUUCUAAACUUGAUGAAUGGGUAUUUGAUAAAGUUGAGGAAUUCUUCAAUCGUGCAAAACAAGGGGAUAACAAAACUACAAAACAACUUUCAAUUAAACGUUCAAUUUAUUUUCUUCAUUUGCUUGGAUUGGAUACAAAUGGGCAUGGACACAAACCUAACUCCAAAAAAUAUUUAGAAAAUAUAAAAAUUGUUGACAGAGGAAUAGAAAGAAUUGUUAAUUUAUUUGAAAAUUAUUUUAAUGAUAGAAGGUUUUUUAAUUUAAAUAAUUUAAAUUUAUUUUUUAGAACAGUUUAUUUAUUUACUUCGGAUCAUGGAAUGACUGAUUGGGGUUCUCAUGGUGAUGGCACUCCAGAUGAAGUCCAAACUCCAUUCGUUGCUUGGGGAUCAGGAAUAGCUCCAACAAAAACAAAAAUUAAUUUAACUCAAGUGGAUAUUGCCCCUCUUCAAUCAGCACUUUUGGGCAUUGCAAUACCUUCGAAUUCUUUUGGAAUUGUUCCGAUUAAUUUGUUGGGACAUCUGCCUGAUAAAUAUAUUUUCCAAAGUAUGUCAGAACAAUUUUUAAUUAGAAGAGCAGAGAGGAGAGCACAUUCUUUCCGUUUUUUAUUUUGUGAAUACCCAGAAUUGAGUUAUGAAGGUUUGGUAAAAAUUGAAAAUGAAAUUAUUCGGUUGGCACAAUUAAAGAGAUAUGAAGCUGCUUGGAAGGCUUGUAUAAAAUUAAUUCCAAUAAUUCGAUCAGCUCUAAAUUAUUUUCAUCGUUAUAACCAAUUUAGUCAAGGUUUGGCUAUCUGUGCUAUUUUUUGUUCUUGGAAUCUUUUACUUUAUGCUUCACUUAUUGGAAAAAAUUCGCAUUUAUUAUUAUCUUCUAAACAACUUUAUUUACCCAAUGAAAUUUUAUUUUUAAUUUUAUUUAUAACCUCCACAAUUAUUUGGGCAAAUGGAUGGCUUUUAAUUAAUUAUUUUUAUUUUUUAACCCCAAUCUAUUUAUUCUCAAUUUCAAUUAAAUUGUUUGGAAAUGGAAUUUUUAAUUUAAAUAAAUUAUUUUUAAUUUUUGUUGGAUUGCCUUUUACAGUUUUUUCAAUUUCUCUUUUGGUUUUUGUCUUCUUUGAACGUUUUACUCUUUCAUUAAUAUUUUUGUUAAUUUCUCCAUUUUGGAUUUGUAAAAAUAUUAAGAAUAAACAAAAUUUUGUUAAAAUGAAAGAAAAUGAUGGAAUUGGUACAAAUUUUAAAUAUUCAAAACAUCACAAUGAGUUUAAUUCAAUUAGAGAAAGGCAGUUUAGACGUGAGCAAGUAUUUGAAGAAGAAGAAAUAUUUCCAACAAAAUUUAAUGGUAGUAAUUCUGUUGGGGAUUUAAACAAUAAUAAAUGGUAUUGGUUAAUUCUUUGUAUUUUAUUGUCUAUAUUUCCUCUAUUGGAUACAGUUGGUAAUUCUCAAAGGCCUUUACUUGUUAUUUUUGCAGAAUUUAUUUGUUGUGUUUUUAUAUUUUAUUUAAAUUAUUUUAAAUAUUUUAAUCAAAAAUUAAUUGUAUUUAUUGGAAUAUUGCAUUUAAUUACUUUUUUGAUUGUUUUAUUUGAUUAUUUUGAGUUCCAAUUAACCACCAACAACAAUUUAUUCAAACAAUUAUUUGCUUGGAUUAAUAUUCCCCUUUCUUUUAUCCUUCCUCUUCUUUGGAAACAAAAAAUAAAAACAACAAAAAUUAAUUUAAAUAUUCAAUUAAUUAUUUGGAGUAUUUGUUUACAAAUACCUUUUAGUUUAUUGUCUAUUUCACAUGAAGCUUUAUUUCUUUGUUUAUUUUCUGCUUUUUUAAAUGUUUAUUUUCAAUUGGAAUUAGGUAGGAAAAUUUUUUUUUUUAAAUUAUUAAAGAGAAGAGGGGUAUGUUUGGUGUUUUGAGAGGAAAGAAUUUAGGUGUAGAGUUUGUUUUAAAAUUAGUAAAAGAAGUUUGGAGGUUUUAGUGAUCAUAGGUUUAGUUUUCAAUUAUUUUUUACUUUCUGUUGUAAAAAUAUUAAGACUGGAGGUUUU